AUGCUUAAUGAAGACGGGUUACUCUGUGUUGGUGGGCGACUCUGGAAGGCGACUCUUCCAAAUAUCAUGAAACAGCCCAUAGUUGUACCGGGAACUUGUCACAUUGCAACUUUACUUGUAAGACAUUUCCACCAUAACAUAUAUCACCAGGGCAGACAGUUUACUGAAGGAGCAGUGAGAGAAGCUGGUUUUUUGGUGGUUGGGUGCAAACAGUUUGUAUCUUUAAUCAUCCAUCAUUGCGUAACCUGCAGAAAAUUAAGAGGAAAGCUGAGUAUCCAACGUAUGGAUGAUUUACCCAGUGAUAGGAUUACAUGUGUCCCACCUUUCACUAAUGUGGGGGUCGAUCGUUUCGGGCCUUGGGAGGUGACAGCUAGAAGAACGAGAGGUGGAGUAGUAUUGAACAAACGGUGGGCUGUGAUGUUUACGUGCCUUACAUCAGGAGCUAUCCACAUCGAAGUAAUUGAGACGAUGAGUAGUUGUUCAUUUAUAAAUGCGAUGAAGAGACUAAUAGCCAUCAGAGGAGCAGUGAAUGUGUUCAGAUCUGAUCAGGGAUCUAAUUUCAUUAGUGCAAUUGGUGAUGAUACGGUCUAA